CAGAGCGAGUCUGGCCAUGUUACUGGCACGGCACCGUCGCUCAUCGCGCGAGGUAGUUCUUCGGUUAUCGUAGUUCCGCGGCGACGACGACGACGUCGUACAUCCCAACUCGCGAGACUCGAUAUAUACGUAGUGCGAUCCUCAUUCCGGACCCAAUAACCGCGUCAUGUGCGUGUUCCUAGUGUCGCGGAAUUGAGACUCUCUCCGUGUGUCAGAAGGCAGGCCAGAAGGAAAGGAGGAUCGCGAGGAGAGGCUCGAGAGACUCGACCAGACUCGGCGCUUAUAAUGCAUCCCGGAACGGCGGCCGCAGCUCGCCGCCGAUGCGCUCGUGGGCUCCGGAAGAAGCGCGAGGCCAGGUCGAGUCCCCGAUCCAACAACGACGUCGCCGUCGGACGUGGAUGAGAAGAGGCGUCUCGCGUCUUCGUGUGCCAGCGGAGGCGCUGCGAACGGCCGCGAAUAGCGCGUGAUAUUUUCUCUACGAGGACAAGGUGCAAUGGCUGACGACCGAAAUAACCACCGGGGCUUCGUUACACGGCAGUCACACGUGGUCGGGCACUCAUCACCCCCACCGCCUGCGCCGGCGUCGGGUCCUGGUUCAGGAGGUCCGGUGUCCCCCCGACCCGUUCAGAAGGAGAACACUCCGCCCCGUGGUCCACGAACCCUCCUGCUCAGGCGCAGCGAGAAUGGAUACGGAUUCACGCUCCGGCACUUCAUCGUCUAUCCGCCCGAGUCCUGCUGCAUGCUGCCGGGACACGAGCGGACCAGGAUCGACGAGCCUAUGGACACGAUCUUCGUGAAGCAAGUGCGGCCGAAUUCGCCGGCGGCCGAGGCAGGAUUGCGCACCGGCGACCGCGUCGUCUCCGUAGACGGGACGCCUACACGGGGCGAGCAGUACGCUAGCGUGGUGCAACGCAUUCAGCAAGCGGGACCUUGGCUGCGCCUCCUCGUGGUCUCCAAGGAGGACGACAUUCUGCAAAGGUAUUUUGGUGAAACGGCGCAUAAUCCCGAGACGAAUCAACGACCGCGGCUGCGUUCCCCGGAGAGGCUAUCGCAGAAGCAACGCAGAUCAAUUAGCAGCAUGAUUUCGGGCUCGUCGCCGAGAACGCGACAAUCCUGGGUCUGUUCUCUCGGACUGUCGUCCGAAAAUCCGAAUCAUCUUGAGGAGCCAGUGUGCAGGAACCAGCAAACCGUGUACACGGACGGCAGAAUGCCACCGACAACAAUAUCUCAACCGAUCGCAGAAUCUCAGAUUACGAGCAUGUUGCAGCAGCAGCAACGGAGGGGCGUGCCGGAUACAUUGUACGAUUCUUCGGAGGAUUCGAGAAUCCCGGGGAGGAAGCUGCAGUCGCUGCAUGAAGAUAACUCGCAGUCGAGCGGCCGUUUGUCUCAGGAUUCAAGAUAUGAUCUGUACGACAGAACGCGUACUGAGUCGAUGUACUCGCGGCCGAGCAACGAGCAGCUCUACGACAGGAUCAACGAUCCAAUUUACGAGCGGGUACGCGUCAGCGAACAUUAUCCGCAACAUCAUUAUUACCAGCAGCCAUCCCUGCUGCGUUAUCCGAUGUCGCAGGCAGAGCCGCAAGUUCCAAUCUACCGGCCGGUCAAGCGGAUGGUGGCGCGACGCGCCAGCGAGGGCAGCGGGACUACCAAUGAUUCCGAGACUGCAAGCUACGGCAGCAUCGACGUAUUAAGAUCGAACGAGUCCAGUAGAUUGAGCAUCGAGUCAAGACGGGACUCUUCGCCCGUUGCCAGUAAAGACAGCAGCACGUCCCCUUACGAUUCUAAUUCGACUCUGACUGGGAACGAGUGCUCCGACGACUCUGUCAUUAUGAAUAGACUACGCAAGAGCUUUGAACAGAAAGCGGAAUUUCUGCGGCGGCCGAGUCAUCCGAUCGGCUGGUCCUCUGAGCCACUGCCGUCACUGCAGAACUUUAACCAAGCCGCGGUAAUCCAGAGAGAAUUCUAUGCGAGACCGCAAAAACUUCAGAGACCAAUGUGGCCGCCCGGUCAAAACGAGCAAAGACAGCAGUCCCCCACGAGAAGAGCCUCUCUAGAAAGGAAUGUUGCUACCAAGCCCGUCGUGAAUUUGAUGAACAAGCCGUCGAAUCAGAGCGUGCAGAGGAUAAAAGACGUAGACUCCAACUCUGAGUACUCCAAAUCGCGGAACGGUCAACAGCUCGGAGACCAUCAAUCCGUCGCCGAAGAUCAUUCUUACUCGUCAUCGUCUCUCUAUGACAAUGAGCUCAGUAUGAAGGAGCAACAAUGCCGAGGCACGGGCAAGAGUAAUUUUGUAAGUAUCCUAUCCAGGAUACACGAGAACAUUAGUACGAAUCAGCAACAGACACCACAAGAGACAAGACAUGGUUCUUCCUCGUUGCCGUCUUCACCGGGACCGGACAAGAAAGCCGGCAGUGACACCAAGUUUCCGGUACCGCCGCAAGGCUUGCAGAUCGUGUCGAAACGCGCCAAACAGUUCGAAUCCGGUCGUCUGCUGAGCGAUGAGGACGAGCCCGCUGGCGAUCGGACGAAUCUUUACAAAAGCGAGUUGUCUCGAUUGUCCAACAAGAAAAGUGUACCGAAUGUGGCUGUGCGGAAACGUGAGUUCGAGUCCAAAGCCGAGAAUCAAGAAACAAGGAGAAUACCGGCCAGAGAAACCAAGUCUCUCGACACUGGUCCAGUAUUGACAGGCAACAGAAUAAUUCCUAUAGGCAGCAAACAUAUCCAUUGCGAGCCACCGGCCGACUAUAGAGAGAGUAAAGACAUGCCUACCAUGGAGGCAGAAUCAGUGCGUUUGAGGGCACGCAGCAACAGCGCGGAAUCCUGGGAAGCUGCGAAUGGUCCGGCGGCGCGAAGCAGCUGUGCCAGGCACACGUGGCAAACUACCGAUGAGGAAGGUAGCACCGAGGACGAUGGUAAAGUCGCUUAUCACAAGCAGGAUAGUUAUUUGCAAUCGACCAAAUUGCUGCAAGUCGCGCCGGUCAAUGGUUCUUCGCCCAACGGCUCGACCAAUAACGCCGUUGUGCUCAGGCGACAGAAGAAUGCACAGAUCACUGACGAAGAUCGUGCUACCAGACGGGUCUCAUAUCUAAAGGCGACGUGGGGUGAACGAAUGCACGUUGAUAGCGAUUUGGAGCUCAGCGACUCGGAACCUGUUCACAUUCACAGAAGCGUGCAUAGACGAUGGCGGCCGCCGUUAUUUCCGAGCGACAUUACGCCUUUGCGACGCAUCUUUGAGGAUAUGACGCAGGCCGCGUCCUUACAUCGAAAUUCUCAUCAUCGUAACAGUAUCGUGGUACCACAUAAUACAUCAAACAGCUGUGAUGCGAAGGAUGCCGAACCGGUGGAACGAGAAGGAACCCUUCAUGUGAAAUUUACAGUGCUCGAUGGCAAGCGAUCUACCGAUCGUUCCUGGAAGCAGGUCUGGGGUGUUCUCCGUGGUCCUAUAAUAUAUUUUUACAAGGAUCGUCAUAGUCAGAGUCCUUCGUUGAGCACCGAGAAUGAAGGAAAUGCGGGACAAAGCGUCGACGUUAGAUGUUCCGUUGUCGAUGUUGCCGAGGACUACACGAAACGGAAACACGUGUUGCGAGUGGCAAACCCUACGGCGGAAGUACUUUUACAAACCGAAGACGCGGCAUCUAUGGCACUUUGGUUAAGGUCACUUCAUUCUCAUGCUGCCGCGGAAAAAUCAUCGGAUGUCGUGUCCUGCACAUCGAAGCAACAGGCUGUACCGCAGACUCCGACAACUCCAAGUGGCGGUGUUUCUCCUAGCAACGGCCAAAGAUUAAGCCCUCUGCCCAGCCACAAGGGCAUCAAGAAGCUAACAUCGUUUAGGAAUCGAUCGCCAACGGGACAAUCGCCUGUGAACAAAACCCGCAAACCGAGUAAUCAGAUGUUGGAACCCUUGCCGUCACCCAAAUCGAAGACUUGGAAGGGGAGAAUGGCAAAACAGUUCAGAAGAAUGCACGGUCAAACUGGCGGCGCACCUUCUUCACCCACGGCGCAAAUGCCUCCUGAAGGGGCCACCUUCAAAGUACCCCUCGAACUCUGUCCGCAAUCCUCGUUUUCCGAAUGCGUACCACUGAUCGUUGAAAUGUGCACGAGUAUCGUCGAGGCGAGAGGACUCGAGGUCGUGGGCAUUUAUAGAGUGCCCGGAAACACGGCCGCGAUCGCCCAGCUUACGGAUAGCGUCAACAAAGGAUUUGAGAACAUCAACUUCCAGGACCCAAGAUGGAGCGACGUCAACGUAAUAUCAUCGUUGCUGAAGUCCUUCUUCCGUCAACUGCCCGAUUCUUUGCUUACGGCAGAGCUGUAUCCCAUGUUUAUCGAUGCCGAUAAAAUAGAAGAUCCGCAGAGGCGAAUGACUACGAUACGGAAACUACUGCGGGAUCUUCCGGAGCAUCAUUUUGAGACGCUUAAGUAUCUCAUGCAACAUUUGAAGAAAGUAGUCGAGCAUAGCGAAAUCAAUAAAAUGGAGGCCAAGAAUUUAGCCAUUGUUUUUGGGCCAACGUUGGUACGAGCGAGUGGUUCCAGAGACAAUAUGGUCACUAUGGUUACCGAUAUGUCGCAUCAAUGUAGAAUCGUCGAAAGUUUGUUGAAUAAUGUCGAUUGGUUUUUCUCGGAGGAUGAUCUUGAUGACUUGAGCAGAUUGAGCGUAAAUUUAAGCCUUCCAACAGACAGUUGCGAAGUCGAACCGAUGUCCAAUCACAAUCUUCUAUUAAACAAUAUUCAGAAAGUCGAAGGCAUACGCGACAUGGCAUCCGCUAGGGACAUCGUAUCAUCGAUUAUAUCUGCAGCAAACAAAAAGAUUCAAAGAAGACGAAAGAAUCAAGACGAAAUCGAUGAACACGAAGGCGAUAAGGCCAAAUCGAAGCAAGAAUCGGAGAGUUCGCCGACGAUUCGACAGAGCAUGGCCUUGAACGAGCGGCAGUGUUCCGUCAGCGAAAUUGUACAGAUGCACGAAAACAAAAAUCAUUCUACCGAUCGUUCCGAUCGUUCCGAUCGGUCUCUAUCGGUUGAUUCUAAUAAUAUUGGCAGUUCGUCGAAUAACGGAGCGUCUCCAUCGAACCGUUCCAAGUAUGCGAUUCAGUCUGCACCGCCGUCUGUGGACUCUUCGAGAUUGCCAAGCGAGACUGGUCCAAAUUCAGCGGAAACGGGCUCCACUGCAUCCGGCGGGUCUAAUCAAACGAGACAGAGCAACGACGAAAUAGCGAUCCUGACAUACACCGGUUUAAGCGCGACCACGCAGGAGAGAGUGCGAAGAUUUGAGGAAGAGACGAAGGCGAUGCUACAGAGGGAUCAACAUCGACAGCGGCUCGAAGCAGAGAAGCGAGAGGAGGAAAAGCGAAGAAUCGAGAUAGAAUGGCAAUUAGCAAAACGAGAGAUGGAGAACGACGAUCUGCUCGAUAGUAUAGUCGAUACGACGGUGUCGCCGAGUCUGUUGUCGGAACGUCUGUCCAGUCUGAACGAGAGACUCGCCGAUGAAUCGUUGCUGGACCUAUCGGAGAGAUCGAAAGUCAGAUCGCGAUCGACCACGAGGCCACCGCUGUCGAUAACCAUGCAACAGCAAUCUGCGACACACCAGAAAGCGCAAGCAACCAAUCAACUGACUACCGUGUUGGGGGAGAAGAUGAAUAACGGCGUCAUUAAGAAGUUCAAGACGGACAAAGACCCGUCAACAGAGUCGAUCUGUCUACCGCCAGUUCGAUACGGCAGUCUGGAUUCCUUGCACGAGGUUCACAAUCUUUCGCAGUCCUCUCCAUCUCCGUCGCAACAACAACGAGGCGUUCCCGGCGAUGGCUCGGACGAUGCAGGAUCUUGUUUUCUGCAAUGGACACAGAAGAUACUCACUAUUAACAAAAAGCUUUCUAGGCACACAGCAAGCCCGGGUUUUUGGUGGUACAUAUCGUCCCACCUAUACGGUACCGCAGGUCCCGGUAGUCCCGCCACCCCGAAGACACCGACCCAGUCGCCAAUGUCAAUGCCAGUGCCGGUCGCAGCGGUCCCGAUGUCAAUGUCCAUGCCCGUGUCAGUGCCAGCAGCAACAGCAGCAGCCGCCGCCGCACCGCUGGCAACUGCUGUCGCGUCUACAACAGCUGCCCCAUCAUCAUCGUCAUCGUGCGCAGGAGACGACGCACGAUCGUCAGACGAAUCAGCCACCGCCAAGACUCUAAAUCGAUUCCUCCGAGGUAGCGACCUUCUAACCAGCCUCACGACCACGUUCGAUCGCAAAUGGAGGUCUCUCGUCAAUCAAUCGUCGACUCAAGCGCAGCCUCCUCCGGAAUCCGCGCCCCAUAAUAAGGAUGGCAGCUCCGCGGAACGGGAGCAAAAAUCGAGCACGUCCCUGAAAUUCCGAUAUCCAUCCACGGAAACUUAUCGUGAUCCCAGCCUUCAUAAAUCGCUCGACAAAUAUCAUAUCUCCCGCCCGAAGGACGACACUCCCGAGAAGGAUACCGAUUCUACGGUGACCGACGACACCCCGCAUUCUUUGAAAUCGAUCACACCGAAUAACGAUCGCGACGCGAACGAUAAGCAGAGGCUGGACACGAAUCAUGCCACGGAGAAAACGGUGUUGGAGAAAACUGCGGAUUCGAGCGAAAAGGACGAGGACGAUCGGAGGGAUGCGGACGAAGAAGGAGAUUAUCCGUAUGCGGGAAAUCCAAGACGUUACGAAACGACAAGCGAGAAGAGUCUUCAUGAAAGUAGUAGAUGCUCAGAGAACAAUAAUGUCGAUGCAAAAUUGGACGCCAAGAGCCAUCAUUACGAGGCAACCGGAGAUUCUAGUUAUUCUAAUAAGCUGAAAAAAUUUGAGAGUCUGACGAGCUCCGAGGUGAGAUCCCGCCUGAAACGAUCGGAAUCAUUGAACAAGAGAACAUCCGAGAACACUUGCUCCCGAUUAAAAAGAUCGGAGAGUCUGAAUAAACAUUCGACCGAGAGGCCGUCGUUGCUUAAACGGUCCGAGAGUCUGAACAAACAUUCCGGUGACAGAUCGGAGUCGCCGGGCAGCAGGUUGAAACGCUCCGAGUCGCUGACCAAGACCGAGAAAACCGAGUGCAAUAUUAGUAAGCGACGGCAAUCGGUGCGGAAGGAGAGCGCCACGAAGCUGAAACGGAAGAACGGAAUGUCAGAACGGUCGAUUAAACGGAGACACACGGUCGGUGGUACCAAGGACUUUGACAAGGUGCACUGGCUCGAUAAUAAACUGCAGUCCGAGGCCGAGAGAAUCAUCAGAAGCGAUUACAGACCGAAGAAAAGUCAACUCAGAACUAGCUCGCCCGAUCUGAGCGCCCAUCGCGUUGGCAUGGCCGACACGAGCUUCUUGAUCGAGGUAAGCUUUCGUGGGCCCAGCAACGUUGUCUUCAAUGUAACCAACGCUGCGCGACCGCAGUCGUUGCCGGAUGCGAAUAUCGCGUCUAAGGUUUUCAAGGUGCCUCUCGAGAGCCACGUAUAAUAUAUGCUCGAAUAAAUUACUCGACAUUUUUUCAUCUCUGAAUAAUACACGCAGCGCUGUUGCUGUACCUGCCAUCAUUUUUUAAUAUCUGUAUCGUUUAAUAUUAUAUCUCUGAAUCAUAUCAAGUUUAUAUAUCUCAUAUUAUAAAAAUAUCUGGAUAAUAAUCAUUCGAAUUCUCGUUUGCCGACAUGAUUCAUCAAUUGUCACUCGCCAAUGUGCCAAAGAGCCAUUACUCUAUGAAUCGUUAUCAUUUCGCAACAAUUAAAAUGAAUUGAAUGUGAAAGAAAAUUAGACACUAUGUCUUCUACACAGCGAUGUUUUGACCAUCGAGUUAGAUUAAUGUACAAUGCGAGAAUCGUUGCAACGAUCGCGUAUUAGACUCUAUUUUAGAAAAAAAGACAAGGUCAUUUUGUCGAUCUAACAGAAAUAGCAAGCGCCAGGUCGCAUUGGAGAAACGUAAGAAAGUUAUUUUAACGGUUUUAAUUGCAUGUGGCAUUUGUAUCGUGUCAAUUAUAUACGUAUUAUCAUACUUGUGAUUUGUGAUUGUGACAUCUUUUGUACAUAAGAUAUAUGUAUAAUGCGGAAUAUAUUAUAUAUAAGACUCGCGAUUGAAUAUUAAAUAAGGUAAUUCUAUAUAUAUUGUCUGUCUUUAAAUUUAUAUUUUAAUAAUCACUUUACAUCUCUCUCUCUCGUCGCGUGGAUAUUCUUUACACGCGUGCGAUACUGCUUGAUCCUCGUGCGCGCGAAAAAUGUAUUAUUUUUAACAGGCGUGCGAUAGAGAUAAAAGAAAUCGUUGAGGCAAAAAUUGCGCGUGUUAACGAGCGAUUCUCAACAUCGUCGUCGCGAGCGAUCGGCGUAUUUGAAAGUUCUUCGAAAGAUAGCAUUCGUAGUGUUAAGAAAUUUUUUACUGCAAACUGUCUGAUGAAAAGUCUACGAUGUGAUAAAUCUUGAUCGAUCUCGCGUCUAUUUAUGUAUACAUAUCGCGUGCUAUGGAUGCGUGCAUGUAUACAUACAUAUUAUGUGUUUACACAUGCGCAUGUAUGCGCAUUUUUUUUAUGUGCAUUAUGAUCAAUAUUACAUUAACGAUCAUUGUUUGAAGACCACUGUUGCGGCAUCGAAAUUUUAUUGCGAUAAGUAAAGGACAAGAUGUAGUGCCGUUAAUUAAUGUGUGUGUACCCGGUAUCUCUCGUGUAAUGAGAAAUUUGUCCAUUCUAAGAUAGAUAAAAUGAUAUCAGGGGAUUUAAAUUUUUGAGGCGAUCCCGUUUUCUUCCUAGAUCGGCCAAAUUUCCUACUGUGCCUCGUUACGAGAUUGAUAUAUCGAGUAGUGCGCAAAAGAUGCAUAUAUUCCCUUUUGUGUAUCGCUAUAAAAUGAUAUACUUGAAGACAUAUUUCUCUUAAACGCUUGUUGUGGGUCUCUUAUGUGUAUCGUUAAUAUUGUUUGUAUUCGCCAAACUAUCUAUUUGCUUUUGUUUACUCUUGUAAUUUGCAUAUAGCAAGUAGAGCGGUUACGUUAAAAAUUACUGGUAAGCGAGAAUAUCAGGCACCACAGGAUUAGCUUUAAAUUAAUUAUCAUGGUUACAACUACACAGUAUAUCCACGAAUAAUAUAAAAAAAAAACCGUGCGAUAUAUAUAUAUAUAUAAAUUGCAAUUAAUUUAAUAUUAAUAUACGGAUAAAGGUUGAUAUUCUCUCUCGCGGGAUCGGCGCAAUAUAUUUCACGUUGAUUUUUACGAUGUGUUUUAGAACAUUAUAAUGUGUAAAUAUAUAUACAGCAAAAUUUGCCAGGCGAAUUAUCAUAUGUAUUGUAUGUACAUCGUGCAUUAUUCUUUAUUUCAAGGUGCGAUUUUACAUAGAUAAAAAAUUUUACAUAAACUUUACAUAUAUAUAUAUAUAUAUAUAUAUAUAUAUAUAUAUAUAUAUAUAUAUAUAUAUAUAGAGUUGCUGUGGCGCGGAAGGAGGAAUUUAAAGUAGCAGAGACAAUCGAUUUCAUUAUUGAGAUGCUUGUAAAUACAAAUGUAACUAAAUUUUAAGGAACGAUGAGACAAAGAGCGAUAUUUAUUUCGGAAGGAAUAGUGAUUGUGAUCGUGUUAUUUAUUAUUAAUCCCAAGUAAAUGUGCGUAAAAGGACACACACAUUGAAAAAAAAAAAUUGUAAAUAAAUAUAUUACUACGAGAAA